GCCCUUCCUUCGUCCAUCGCAUUUACAAGCCUCAAGCCUACAGAAAACAUUUUCGGCCGCUACGGAUAAAAUCAUGAUACGGACCUGAUUUCGGGGCUCGCUUCUAAACCGGUGGGGGAAACUGGCCGCCAGCCAACGCGCGUUGGUAAUACGAAGGCCAGUGGCUGGCACGCGUUGGGAAGACGGACACCGCAAAGUGACCCGAGAUCCGGCCCAGCAAUCACCUCCGUCGGCUCUCAAAGCCCUCUCAGCCGUUUGCGACGAGAAACAUAGGCCGUACUCGUCUUGUCCAGCAGAUCUCUCUAUCCGACCCGCGGCCAUCCCGAAAAUCUCUUUUACCACGAUUGCCCAAACACACGACGCAACUUGACCUGUACUCCUCUCCGCUAACGACCACUCCCCUCUUGUCAUGAGCUCUCCUAUCUCGGCCAGCAAGGCCACCGAGGCCUGCCGUCCACGAUCCAGCCAGCGGGUGUCGAUGACAUGGGAGGAAGACGAUGCUACCAUAACCCAUCACCGCGUGAUGCAGUUCGCCGAAGAGUGUAUCGAGACCAAGACCGUCACGACCACCACGACAACAAAGCGGGCAUAUCCAGCCCUCCUCAUUCGCGAGCCGCGAGACUUGUACCUUCUCGAUUCCAAAGAAUACCCCCUCGCCUCGAAGCCUACUCCGCCCGAGUUGCGGAAGCUGACCCUCGACCUCGGCGACCGCGAGGGCGAGGCCUGGUCAUUCGACGAGGAUUCCGAAGUACCGGUUCGGCGGUCCCAGAGCAGCGACUAUGCCGGUAAUGUGAAGUCCGAACCGGGUGUCGACAACCUCCCCGAAUCGUCACACCGAUCUCAGCAUGUUGCUGCCGAGCCAACACUCCGGAGGUCUCGCAGGUCGAGCGCUAGACCCGCCUCGCCCAGUUACACACCACUUCCACCCAGGACGUCUCAGAGGUCCACAAGGCAUGGAAAUAUUUCCCAUACGGCAUCCGAUAAGGUUCGCCGUUCGGCGGUACAUGGUACACGAAAGGAGUCGGAUAAGGCGAGCCGCCUGCCCUCUGGGUACUUGGCGACACCCGAUACUACCGAUGCAACUAUAGGUAACCCCGGACUCGACCGACCAUCACGUUUGAGACACCUCCAUCUCGACAGCGUUGAUUCUGGCUUAAGCCAGUCAACGGCGAGCUAUGAUGCAGCAAGCCCAGCAGCCAGCGAGUCACAGACUAUAUUCAGCAACGUCGCUACCCCGCCGAUUACUGACGCCGACCUCCCACCGUUUGGUGACGUUGACGAGUCUCUGCAGCAGACUAUCCGUGCAAUCGCAAGACCUAGCAUCAACACGGUGACCGCUCAAGACGCCAGUCUGCCGAGCCCGCGUCUCUCACCCACUCUGGCAGCUGCUCAGCUCCAGGACCAAGUGGAUGAGGAUGCAGAGGAAGAUGACGAAGCGGUCUUUUCUCAACAACUCACGCGCGUGGAUCGAAGACGGUGGCUGGAGGAUAGCCAAACGACUGAGGAGGGUGAUUCCGAACUUCUCAGCAUGGACCUGCCCCCAAUUCGGUUCGACGCCGCCAUGUCUCGUUCUAGACAUGGACAGGCAAACGUUGCGAACCCCCGCUCAAUGCUUGACAGUUUUGAUGCUAUGCCCAACGACUUCAAGACUUGGAUGAUGUACCAGUUCCUCCGAAGAUGUCCGCGAAAGACACUUCACAUGGUCGCGGACGUGGUCAACCCAGCUUUGAAGUGUGACUUCAUGAAGCAACUCCCUCUCGAACUCAGCCUCCACGUAUUGUCAUAUCUGGACCAUCGCGACCUGUGCCGGGCGGCGCAGGUCUCUAAACACUGGCGCAACAUGGUCGACAGCAAUGAAACAGGAUGGAAAGAGCUCUUGGACCGCGACGGAUUUGAACUCCCUCCAGGAGAACUCCAGAAGGCUAUCACUCAAGGAUGGGGAUGGCAAGACCCCGUCGGAGCCUUGGGCUGCGAACUUGACCUGAGCCUUCAGACUAGGCUGACAUCCAGCGAAUCCGAACUCAUACGAUCGGCCGUAAAGCAGGAAAAGCCCGAGCCUAUCACAAAGACCCGAGCCUCGAAACGGAAGCGUGGUCUAACCCACAUCAACGCUGAUAGAGCCAAGCGACGUGCCAGUGCCCAAGAGAUGAGGGAUGAUAGCUCGUCACCCAUGGCAAAGAUGCACAAGUCCGAAGGUCCUAAUUCGGCUGCAAAUGCGGCUGCCAUUGCCGUUCCCGACCCGCGUCUUGGCCUCCCAACUCUUCGGAAGCUUCAUCUAUUCAAAUCGCUAUACAGACGGCAUUAUAUGAUUAGACAGAGUUGGACAAGUGGCAAGGUGAAGCCUGGCCAUGUUGCUUUUGCUGCCCAUCCACGCCACGUCAUUACGUGCCUGCAGUUUGACGAGGACAAAAUCAUCACGGGCAGCGACGACACCCUUAUUCACGUCUAUGACACAAAGACCGGAAAGCUUCGUACGAAGCUUGAGGGCCACGAAGGUGGAGUCUGGGCUCUUCAGUACGAGGGCAACAUACUGGUGUCUGGUAGUACCGACCGGUCGGUCCGCGUCUGGGAUAUCCAAAAAGGAAUCUGCACUCAGACUUUUUUUGGCCACACAUCCACUGUCCGCUGCCUGCAGAUUCUAAUGCCAACGGAUACAGGCAGGGUGGAGGACGGCAAGGCCGUCAUGAUGCCACCGAAGCCUUUGAUCAUUACUGGAUCCCGCGACAGCCAGUUGCGGGUCUGGCGACUUCCCGAGGCAGGCUCGCGUCGUUACAUCCAGACCGGCCCCCCCGCUAACGAUGAUCAAUGCCCCUAUUUUAUCAGAAUCCUAGCUGGACACACACAUUCGGUUAGAGCAAUUUCGGCCCACGGAGACACUCUUGUUUCUGGGAGUUAUGACAGCACUGUCCGCGUCUGGCGUAUCAGCACUGGUGAGCAACUGCAUGUUCUGCACGGUCAUAGUCAGAAAGUGUACUCGGUAGUCCUCGACCACAAGAGGAACCGGUGUAUCUCUGGUUCGAUGGACUCGCUUGUCAAGAUUUGGGACCUGGAUACAGGUACUUGCCUGCACACGUUGGAAGGCCACAGCUUGCUCGUGGGUCUCUUGGACCUGCGUGACGAGAGAUUGGUUUCUGCCGCAGCGGACAGCACACUUCGCAUUUGGGACCCGGAGACGGGCAAAUGCAAGAGCACCCUCGUAGCACACACUGGAGCUAUCACCUGCUUUCAACAUGACGGUAGCAAGGUCAUUUCUGGAAGCGAAAAGACGGUCAAGAUGUGGGAUAUGCACACGGGCGAAUGCAUUCAGGACCUUCUCACAGACUUGAGCGGUGUCUGGCAAGUCAAGUUUGACGAACGGAGAUGCGUAGCUGCUGUACAACGCGGUAAUCUAACAUAUGUCGAGAUUCUUGACUUUGGAGCUGUUCGAGAUGGCAAAGCGCCAGAGGAGCUCGGUAAGCGCAAACUUCUGAACGAGGCCGAAGUACAACGCCUAGUUGCCGAGGAGACGUGAUCGUGACGGCGUUGCGACGAUCCGAUCAUAUGGGCCUGCAGCAGGGCAGAGCCAUGAGCAGAGUUUAUCAUGUGGCUGAGGACUGUCUAUAUUGUCAAGGGAAGC